CAUCCCCACUUACAACAAACACCUCCCCAACAACUACCACUCAGUUGACAACCACUUCUCCAUCAACUCUCACUAGCACCACAAUGUCUCCAACAGUCACCACAAACCUUGUUCCAACAACCAUUCCAUCAACUACCACAAUAACCAUUUCCCCUUCCACAUCUACCUUUUCAGCAACUACAGCCAGCACUACCAUAUCAUCAGGAACCAUGACUACAAGCUCUGUUCCAACAACCUUGUUUGAGAAAACAGCAAUCACAACUUCCUCUACAGUAACAUCUACAGACCUAAUCACAACAGUUAUCUCCCCACAAACAACCACUGCAAUAACCACCUCCCCUUCCACAACCACUUCUCCAUCAACUCUCACUAGCACCACAAUGCCUCCAACAACAAUCACCACAAACUCUGUUCCAACAACCAUUCCAUCAACCACCACAAUAUUCACCUUCCCUUCCACAGCUAUUUCUUCAGCAACUACAGCCAGCACCACCAUGUCCUCAGAAACCAUGACUACAAGCUCUGGUCCAACAAUCUCAUCUGCAACAACAGAAACAACUACUUCGUCUUCUCUGACGUCUACAGUUCCAACUACAACAAUGACUUUACCAACAACAACUAUCACAGAAAGCACUGGGACUUCUACAACCAUGUCUUUAUCAACUAUAAGUAGCACUACAGUCCCUCCAACAACAACCAUCACCACAAACACUGGUGUAACAAACUCUCCAUCAAUUACCACAAUAAUAACCUCCCCUUCCACAUCUACUUCUCCAACAACUACAGCCAGCACUACCAUGCCUUUAGCAACCAUCACUACAAGCUCUGGUCCAACAACCGCAUCUGAGAAAACAGCAAUCACAACUUCCUCUUCAGUGACAUCUACAGAAGCAAUCACAACAAUCUCUCCACAAGCAAAUACCACAGCAGCCACCUCACCUUCCACAACCACAUCUUCAGUAACUACAAGCAGCACCACCAUUUCUCCAACAACAUUAUCUGCACAAACAUCAACCGUAGCAACUUCCUCUUCCCAAACAUUUACAUCCCCACUCACAACAAACACCUCCCCAACAACUACCACAGGAACCACAACUCUAUUGACGACCACUUCUCCAUCAACUCUCACUAGCACCACGAUGCCUCCAACAACAAUCAUGACAAACUCUGUUUCACCAACCGUUCCAUCAACUACCACAAUAAUCACCUUCCCUUUUACAGCCACUUCACCAGGAACAACAGCCAGCACUACCAUGUCAUCAGGAACCAUGCCUACAGGCUCUGGUCCAACAACCUCGUCUGAGAAAACAGCAAUCACAACCUCCUCUACAAUAACAUCUACAUCCCCAACUACAACAAUUAUCUCUCCACAAACAACUACCACAAUAACCACAUCACCUUUCACAACCACAUCUUUAGUAACUACAAGCAGCACCACCAUGCCUCCAACAACCCCAAAUCCAACAACCUUAUCUGCAUCAACAGCAACUGUACCAGUUUCCUCUUCCCAAACAUUUACAUCCCCACUCACAGCAAACACCUCCCCAACAACUACCACAGGAACCACAACUCUAUUGACGACCACUCCUCCAUCAACUCUCACUAGCACCACAAUGUCUCCAACAACAGUCACCACAAACCCUGUUCAAACAUCAACUACCCUUAUAAUCACCUCCCCUUCCCCAGGCACUUCUUCCCUGACUACAGCCAGCACUGCCAUGCCUUUAGCAACCAUCACUAUCAGCUCUGUUCCAACAACCUCAUCUGCAACAACAGCAAUCACAACUUCCUCUUCAGUGAAAUCUACAGCCCCAACCACAACAAUUAUCUCACCACAAACAACAACCACAAUAACCACCUCCCCUUCCACAACCACAUCUUCAGUAACUACAAGCAGCACCACCAUGCCUCCAACAACCAUCUCUUCAACCGCCAACCCAACAACCUUAUCUGCAACAACAUCAACUGAAGCAACUUCCUCUUCCCAAACAUUUACAUCCCCACUCACAACAAACACCUCCCCAACAACUACCACUCAGUCAACUCUCACUAGCACCACAAUGCCUCCAAUAGUCACCACAAACCUUGUUCCAACAACCAUUCCAUCAACUACCACAAUAACCAUUUCCCCUUCCACAUCUACCUUUUCAGCAACUACAGCCAGCACUACCAUAUCAUCAGGAACCAUGACUACAAGCUCUGUUCCAACAACCUUGUCUGAGAAAACAGCAAUCACAACUUCCUCUACAGUGACAUAUACAGUCCCAACUACAACAAUCUCUCCACAAACAACUACCAUACUAAUCACAUCACCUUCCACAACCACACCUUCAGUAACUACAAGCAGCACCACUAUUUCUCCAACAACAUUAUCUGCACCAACAUCAACCGUAGCAACUGUCUCUUCCCAAACAUUUACAUCCCCACUCACAACAAACACCUCCCCAACAACGACCACAGGAACCACAACUCUAUUGACAACCACUUCUCCAUCAACUCUCACUAGCACCACAAUGACUCCGACAACAAUCAGCACAAACUCUGUUCCAACAACCGUUCCAUCAACUACCACAAUAAUCACCUCCCCUUUCACAGCUACUUCACCAUCAACUACAGCCAGCACUACCAUGUCCUCAGGAACCAUCACUACAAGCUCUGUUCCAACAAUCUCAUCUGCAACAACAGAAACAUCUACUUCCUUUUCUCUGACGUCUAUAGUCCCAACUACAACAAUGACGUUACCAAUAACAACUAUUACAGAAAGCACUGGGACUUCUACAACCACAUCUUCAUCAACUAUAAGUAGCACUACAGUCCCUCCAACAACAACCAUCACCACAAACACUGGUGUAACAAACUCUCCAUCAAUUACCCCAAUAAUCACCUCCCCUUCCACAUCUACUUCUCCAACAACUACAGCCAGCACUACCAUGCCUUUAGCAACCAUCACUACAAGCUCUGGUCCAACAACCGCAUCUGAGAAAACAGCAAUCACAACUUCCUCUACAGUAACAUCUACAGCCCCAACUACAACAAUUAUCUCCCCACAAACAACUACCACAAUAACCACCUCCCCUUUCACAACCACAUCUUCAGUAACUACAAGCAGCACCACCAUGCCUCCAACAACCAUCCCUACAACCCCAAAUCCAACAACAUUAUCUGCACCGACAUCAACUGAAGCAAAUGCCUCUUCCCAAACAUUUACAUCCCCACUCACUACAAACACCUCCCCAACAUCUACCACAGGAACCACAACUCUAUUGACGACCACUUCUCCAUCAACUCUCACUAGCACCACAAUGUCUCCAACAGUCACCACAAACCUUGUUCCAACAACCAUUCCAUCAACUACCACAAUAACCAUUUCCCCUUCCACAUCUACUUCUUCAGCAACUACAGCCAGCACUACCAUAUCAUCAGGAACCAUGACUACAAGCUCUGUUCCAACAACCUUUUAUCUCCCCACAAACAACCACUGCAAUAACCACCUCCCCUUCCACAACCACUUCUCCAUCAACUCUCACUAG